GUCAUCAACAGGGGAAAACAAUGGAACUCAUCAUCAAAGACAUAAGUGGAACAAUGCAGCUUGUGAAUGUCCUGCCAAGUACCACCAUUGGUGAACUGAAGCAGCAUAUUGCCCCUCACUUUGGGGCAAGAGCCUCACGCCUGAAGCUUUCAGCCCUCAGUGGUCAGAUCCUGGACAAUGACCAGAUGACCGUGAGCCAAUACAGUCUGAGUUCAGGAUCCACCGUGAUGCUCCUGAUCUCCACAAGCCCCAUGCCCUUUCAGGUGUUUGUGAAGAAUGAGAAGGGACAGAUGAGGACGUACAACAUCACUGAUUAAGAGACCGUUGAUCAGUUGAUGAUGAAUAUCUACCAGAAAGAGCGAACACCAGUGGACCAGCAGCGGCUGAUCUACAAUGGCCAACAGCUCCAGUGUGGCAAUAAACUGCAGGAUUAUGGCAUUGGUCCAGAAAGUACCAUUUUUAUGACCCUCCGUCUUCGUGGAGGCUAAUGAGACAAAAACACGUGGACAUAAUUUUUGUCCUAUUUAACACCACAGAACAAAAUAUUAAAAUAAUAAUGAUAAUAAUAUUAGUAAAAGUACUGUGUAUGUUGCAUGACUGAUUCAGAUACAGUCAGCUCAUUCUCAUAUUUAACCCCCAAGUAAUCACAUCUGGACACCUAUUUAAUUCUCCUUCCUGACACACUUCUGCAGACGCUUUAAACACACACGUAGAAAAUGAUCUUAUAGUCAAAUUUAUUUAUUGAUUUAUUUAUUGUUAUUAUUUAUUAUUUAAUGACACCUGUAUAACCAUCUUUAUAAUAUACAUAAUAAUCUACCUUGUUGUUUAGUAAUAA